AUGUCAGUGGAGUCGGAGCUUCCUGUUCAGUUUUGGGGGGAGGAUGUGGCUACUGCUUGUUAUACUUUGAACAAAGUUCUUAAUAUUAAAAGGCAUGGGAAAACAUGUUUCGAAUUGUUGCACAGAAGGAAACUGGAUGUAUCUUACUUAGAACCUUUUGGCGCUCCAUGCACUAUGAUUGACCCACACGGAAAGUUUGGUCCAAAGGCUAUUAAAGGCUUCUUUUUUGGGUAUGCUACUCCGAACUUUAGGGUGUGGAAUCUGACAACUAAACAAAUUGAAGAAUGGGGUGUUCAAAGGUACACUGAAUGUGUGAGAGCUCCGGAUGCUCCUUGGAUUUUUGAUUAUGAUGGACUAUUUGAUUCCUUUAAUCUGCCAACUUUUGAUGAGGCGUCUGCAGCAGCACAAAUGUUGCUUGAAGGUGAUGCAGCAGUUGAUUCAUCAUUAGUCCGACCAAUUAUCGUUAACCAACAAGAGUCUGAUUCGGUUAAUAAUGUUGUUCAAAAUGAGGAAUUUGAAGAUGCAGCGGAUUAUAGUGUUUCGUCGGAUGAUGAGGAGUUUCAUGAUGCUAAUGAAGCUACUUCAGCUCCUGUCCAAGCCCCUAUUCGAGGUGUUUCUGAAGCAACUUCUCAGGUGCAGGUUCAAGACAAUGCUGAAGGGUAUGCAUCCACAUCUAACGCGUCUCCAGGCAUAGAUUUAGUUGUUAAUUUGAAUUUCAAUAACUUGGGUAUUAAUGCUUGA